GCAUGUAUGAACCCAGACCAUACUGUAUAGGAACGACUUUCAUUUGUCUAUGGGAGACAACAUAGCCUGUGCUACCCCUUCGUAUAACCAUAUUUCCGCGUUACGGGCCUCCUUCCACUUGGAGCCAUAGACCACAUGCAUCGCGCCUCAGUCUGGAUUUGCUUAGCUUGCUUGUUCACUCCCACUCUUGGCCUUUACCGGGGGGAAAAUUACAAGGAAGAUCUCCGGAUACAACCACUCAGAGAUGGGCGAGUAUCUACGACGUUCUCUUUCGUGACUGUUCUGGAGGGUGCAGUUCCACGAAAUCCGAAGGUCUUAGGACAACCAGAUGAAUCCCAGCACUAUGCUCUAUUCCCACUGACCCUUGGUCAAAUCUUACGCGAGUACGCGAUCACCGAACUGCACCUGACUCUCAACGCCGGAAAAUGGAAUUAUGAUAACUGGGGGCAUCCUCCCGAAGCUGGGGUUAGCACCGGAGCUGAGCUAUGGGCUUGGAUGGGCACUAGUGAGUUAUCGACAGUGGAUGAACGAUGGUCUGGUCUUCGAAACGCACUUUCGGGACUUUUUUGCGCUUCUCUUGGGUCGUUAGAUUCGAGACGAACGACGUCACCAACGGUCGCCUUCCCUUUAUCCGGGUCUACUCCUCCUUUUGGCCUACACGAACUCCGGCACGCCUCACUUCCUUCAGAGAACGUUUGUACGGAGAAUCUAACGCCCUUCUUGAAGCUACUUCCGUGCAAGAGCCACGCAGGGCUUGCUGCACUUCUCAAUCCUCAGAAGGUGUUUGAUGCAGACUGGCAUGGCAUGGCGAUUCACGUGAUAUGGAAGGAAGACGUCGGUGUGGAAUUAAAGCUGACCUUACAAGCAGUAUUCAAUCCAGUGCGAACCAGCGCAGGGAAGAGACGAGACUGGAAUCUUCAAUCACUGUUUGAUCGCUCUAUCGAACGGUCUUGCCCGGUAGCAAGCUCCAGUUCUGUCACCGUUAUUAUCCCAGAAGAGAAGAACCACCAGAUCACUCCUAAAAUCCCUGCCCAUGUCGAUGGUUUGGCCGUUUAUGAUUUUUCCUCCUCAUCUAAUUUCACAAGUCCGUCCAACAUUGCCAUGUACUGGCCAAAUGAACAUAGCUUCCAGUAUCCACUGCCACCAUUACUAUCACUCACACCGCUCAGCGUGAAGCGAACAAUCCAUGGUACAACGCAAACACGAGGCGUUCUUUCUGUUUCUGUGACCAACAAUUCUCCCCAGGAGGUGUCGGCAGGUUAUCUGGAGAUGAUGCCUGCACUUCUUACACUGUGGAUGCACACUCUGAAAGUCGAAAUAAACUCGCAGAUACGGAGCGACUUACUUUCAGGACUGAAAUACCAUCCGCCCUCGCCCCAAUCUAGUGGCCGCCUCUCUCCCUCGAUGUUGCAGGCUGUCCUUACAAUUCCACCGAAGAGCACGCUCAAAAUUUCCAUGGAAGUCAACAAAGCUUUUCUGAAAUAUACCGAACAUCCACCUGAUGCGAUGAGAGGCUGGGAUCUACCAGGGGCCGUGUUUUUCCCGCUCCCUCAAUCGACAAACGACGCUUCUUCGGGUCAUGGUUGGGAGAGGAUCUAUACCCCACCGCUCCUUGUCGACCUCCCCACCCCAGAUUUCAGCAUGCCCUAUAAUGUCAUUAUCCUCAGCUGUACGCUCAUGACAUUGAUUUUCGGAAGCGUGUUUAAUUUGCUGACGCGCAAGUGGGUCGUGGUGGAGAUUCAAGAAUAGUUGGGGUGGACGCCGAUGUAAUCCCAUUGUACUAUGUAAUACAGUACCUACGUGCUCGCUCAACUUGCUGUCCUUUACGCAAUUUCAACUGCUUUUUGAGGAAUC